AUGAUGAAGCUCUUUUUUUCUGUCCUCAUUGUGUUAUGUUUGUUUUCAAAGGAAUGUAUGUGCGAAUCUAGAAUUAGCAACAGUGGCAGUGGCAGUGGAAUUGGAGGAGGAACAGAUGAUGGGUUGUACAUGUCAUCUGUGCAUUCAUUUAAAUCUCCCUUCACAGUAAAUGAUUUGGAGAAAGGAUGGGUAUUGAACUAUUCAACUGCAAGCACAAAUAAAUACCUAGUUCUUAUCCCAAAUGUUUAUAAUAGAAGAGGAUUCUUGCAUCAUAGUAAACCCAUUGCAUCUGAUAAUCUGAGUAUUGAAUUUACGUUUCACAUUAGAAGGAAAUAUUAUAAAGAAAAUAUAGAUGCAAGUUAUUACCAAAAAGAUAGAGCAAAAGAAAUUACAUAUAAAAGUACAAUUGAUGAAAAAAACAAAAUUAACGGAUUUGCCUUUUGGCUUAUGACUAAUGAUUUUUCCAUAACAAAGAUAAGUAAUGAAGAAGAUAUACAAUUGGAUGAAGAAGAGUUUGGGUUAUUUGGAUAUAAAAAAUCUUUUAAUGGAAUAGGUGUUGGUUUUCAGUUACGUGGAAACGAUUUGCUAGUAUCAGGAAUAAUUAACAAUGGAGAAAAAGUGAUAAACAUAAAUGAAUAUAUAACAAAGAGGCACAAUCUACAUAUGCUAAGUGUGAAUGAACUGAUAAAUGUAAAAAUAACUACACAGAAAAAUGAAAUGCGUAUUUAUUUAUAUAAUGCAAAAAAUAAUACUUAUAUCCAAAGUCUAACAGUAAAAAAACAAAUUCCAAAAGAAAAUUAUAUCGGAUUCAGUGCAUUUAAUUACAAAGAAAAUGAAAAAAUAUCAAAUACCAAUCCGGAGAAAUAUAUACCAACAUUUGUAGGAAUAACACAAGUUACCAUUUCCAGUAGUGAUUUUUCCUCUAAUAAUGAAUCAAGCAAUUAUUCCUUUAGCAACAAUGACAUAAUAGAUUAUGAAAAAGAACUAAACAAUAACAUGAUCGAAUCAGAUGAUUUUAACAACAGCACUAAUGAUACAAUAAACGAAGUAAAUCUAAACUUGAAACAAUCGAAUAAAAUCCAAGGGGAAGCAUAUAUAACUGCUAUGUUGCAGAAAUUGAUGGCUUACCAAAUAAAUAAUGAGAGAAAAAUUCUACAAAAUAUAAAUAUGUUAAAAGAAAGUGUACAAUUUUUGCAUACAGAAUUGAAACAAAUGAAGAAAUAUAUGAUGAACAAGGCAGAAGAUCCAAAAUAUUUUCAAAAAGUAUUUACCACAGAACUUAGUGGUCUCAAAAGUCUUUUCCAUUCACAUGCUCAGCAUCAUAAAAAAAAUAUAGAAGACAUAACAGAUAAGUUGACGAAAAGGAUAAAUGAAAACCAAGAAUUAAAAUUCCUUGCAGAGAAAGCACAGAAACUAGAAACCAUCAUCAGCAAGGGAAAUAAUACGUCUUACAUUUUUUCCUUAUCUUUUGCUCUUCUCAUUAUUUUAACCUUAAUUUUGAUAUACAAGAAAAUUAGGGAUGUUGAGAAGAAGCAUAUUCUGUGA